AGGUGAUACAGAUGUAUAUAUAUUGACAGAUGCAGUAACAGAAAUCACUCUGGACUUGCACUCAGGUUGAAGAACACAUACCAAGAUGCUCCGACUAGUCUGUGUCGCCGCCGUGAUUGUGGCAGCCAUGGCUGUACCUAUCACAGAUGUAAGACUGGAUGACGAAUGGAAAAUAUUCCAGACCAUGUUCAGGAAGGAAUAUAACCUCAUGGGGGAGACCAUGAUGAGACGACAGAUCUGGGAGAGCAACGUCCGCCUCAUCCAGAAACACAAUCUGGAAUUUGACCGUGGGGUCCACACUUACACCCUGGGUAUGAAUGAAUACGGGGACAUGACAAGCGAAGAAUUCAUCCAGACAAUGAAUGGAUACAUGAUGAGAAAUUCCACUUCCGGUGCAAGUCUGUUUAUGCCUCCAAGCAACGUCAAGGUUCCUGACACUGUUGACUGGAGAACAAAGGGAUACGUCACUCCAGUGAAAAACCAGGGUCAAUGCGGCUCGUGCUGGGCUUUCUCUACCACCGGUUCUCUUGAGGGACAAACGUUUAAGAAGACAGGAAAAUUGGUCUCCCUUUCGGAGCAGAAUCUUGUUGAUUGCUCAUCCCGGGAAGGUAACCACGGAUGUAAAGGAGGGUUAAUGGACCAGGGUUUCAAAUACAUUAAGAUUAACAACGGAAUUGACACCGAGUCAUCUUACCCAUACACAGCUAGGACUGGAUUUUUCUGCAGAUUCAAGAAAAACGACAUAGGAGCCACAGAUACUGGCUAUGUCGAUGUCAAGAGUAAGAGUGAGUCAGAUCUUCAAAGUGCCGUAGCAACCAUGGGACCUAUCUCAGUUGCCAUGGACGCCGGCCACAGUUCAUUCCAACUAUAUAAAACCGGUAUUUACAGCGAAUCCAAGUGCAGCUCUACCAGUCUGGAUCACGGAGUUCUAGCGGUCGGUUAUGGUACCGACGACGGCAAGGAUUACUGGCUAGUCAAGAACAGCUGGGGAACUAAAUGGGGAAUGGAAGGAUACUUCAAAAUCGCCCGUAACGCGGGAAACAUGUGUGGAUUGGCUACUCAGGCCAGCUAUCCGACAGUGUAAUGGAAGACGGACGUUCAUUGAUUAAAAAUAGCUCACACGUGAUGAUCUCAUCCAUCAUUUUCAUUCCAUUUGUGAAAAACUAUUUCUUUCAUUUUUAAUAAAUAAUUCAAAGAAUCA